CAGGCUGAGGGCGGCGCGGCCAGCCCGAUGGCUGCCGUGUUCCUGGUUACGCUGUACGAGUAUUCGCCGCUGUUUUACAUCGCCCUGGUGUCCGUCUGCUUCCUCGUCACCAGCGCGCUCGUCCUCGGCUGGUUUGGUUUGGGUGUUCCUGUUAUUCUGAGGAACUCAGAAGAGACAGAAUCCAGCACAAGGGUAUUGAAAAAGCGGAUGAGACAAGUGAAAAAUCCUUUUGGGUUGGAGAUCACUAAUCCUGCUGCAGCUUCAGUAACAAGGGGUGUAACACUGACACCUGACUGCCUGGAGGACUGUGUCCUUACCUGCUACUGGGGCUGCAAUGUCCAGAAACUCCACGAAGCGCUGCAGAAACACGUCUACUGCUUCAGAAUAAAGACUCCUCAGGCAUUAGAGGAUGCUCUCUACAACGAAUACCUCUACAAACAGCAGUACUUCAUUAAAAAAAACGACAAGGCAGGGAAAUAUUGUCAGUUACCAGAAGAUGCUCAAGUUGUGGAUUUUGGCCCCGUGCCUAGAGCUCGCUAUCCCUUGGUAGCACUGCUGACGUUAGCAGAUGAAGAAGACAGAGAAAUAUAUGAUAUUAUUGCAAUGGUAGCUGUAAUUCACGUUCCUGAUGAAAGCUACAGACUCUCCUGCCGAAUUUUGUAUCAGUAUCUCCUCCUAGCUCAAGGUCAAUACCAUGACCUGAAGCAACUCUUCAUGUCUGCAAAUAGUCCUGCACCCUCCUGCAGUGACACCUUCCCUGGUGAGAGCAGCACUGACAGAGGGCUGCUGGAAAAGGCUGGGCUGGCUGGAGAUGAACCAGAAUUGCAGGAAGAAAACAGCAAAGACUGUGUUGUGUGUCAGAAUGGCCCUGUGAACUGGGUCCUCCUGCCCUGCAGACACACGUGCCUGUGUGAUGGCUGCAUCAGGUAUUUCCAGCAGUGCCCAAUGUGCAGGCAGUUCGUGCAGGAGUCUUUUCCACUUUGCAGCAAAAAGGAGCAAGAUGAGGAUGAAUCGACCCGUGUCUUGCAAGAUGUUCUUCCUGGAAGAGUUUUUUAACAGGAGUUAAAAAUAAAAGACCUGGGUUAUGUGCACUAAGAUUAAAUGUGGAAGCCAGACUAUUUAUGGGAGGAUAUGUAGUGUUAACUUGUAGGAUUUUGCUUUUUUUUUUUGUUGGGUAAUUUUCAGCUUCCUUAUUUUUCCUCGCUCCAUAUGCUCACAGGAGCGCUGCUUCCCCGUGCAAUGUGGACAGGAGAAGUGCGUAGGAUAGCUCUGAAGGAUGUGAAUUUAUUUAUAACUGCUUCCUAUUUUCUUGGAGCACUAUUGGAGGCUAUUUUGACUACUAAAUUUAGGCUGUCUACUAAAAAAAGAAUAAAACUUGCAAGUGCAGUUGCCCAAGGCUCAUUCUAUAUUUAUUGUGUUUAAAAUACUAGAGCUGUAUAUCAUUUUAACUGGGUAUAAUUUAGGAACUUAGCACUUUACAGAAUGUACCAUAUGAAGGAAAGUAAAUAUUCUUCAUCCUUAA